AUGGCAGAUGGGGCGCAGGCCAACCCCAAAGGGUUCAGGAAGAAGGUGCUGGUUAAACACCCUGCUAGAUGGAAGAGUCCAGGCCUCGGGGCCUCUUCUCCUUCCAGAACCUCCAGGUCCAGCCUGGGUAUGAAGAAAUUCUUUGCCAUCGCAGUCCUGGCUGGCAGUGUUGUGUCCACUGCACACAGCAGCCUGCUGAACCUCAAGUUCAUGGUGGAGGCCAUCACACACAAGAACGCCAUCCUGUCUUUUGUGGGCUACGGCUGCUACUGUGGGCUGGGGGGACGCGGCAAGCCCAUGGAUGAGGUAGACUGGUGCUGCCACGCCCAUGACUGCUGCUAUCAGAAGCUCUUCGACCAGGGCUGCCGCCCUUAUGUGGACCACUAUGACCACAGGAUAGAGAAUGAUACUGUGAUUGUCUGCAGUGAACUCAACGAGACAGAGUGUGACAAGCAGACGUGUGAGUGUGACAAGAACUUGACUCUGUGCCUCAAGGACCAGCCGUACAGAGACAAGUACCGAGGCUACCUCAAUGUCUACUGCCAGGGUCCCACACCCAACUGCAGCAUCUACGACCCGUACCCUGAGGAAGUCACCUGUGGACAUGGCUUCCCAGCAACUCCUGUCUCAACCUAG